AUCCGGAAAGAGUAAUAUUAUUUGAGACUGCAUCCAACACCAGCAGUGUAAGUGCAGAAUGGACAAUCAUAGAUGGCGUUGCUGAUUAUUUUGAAGUAAAUUGUUCAGAUGGAAGGCCAGCACGUCAACGAACGUUGUUUAGUGAAGCCUUUACUGCUACUUGCUCAGGUAUUGAGUCUGGAAAAACAGUAAACAUAAGUGUGACUGCAAUGAGUGGAAAGAAAAGAGGAGAGACAAUGACACUCGCCAUCACAACAUAUCCAGAAAGAGUAAAAUUAUUUGAGACUGUAUCCAACACCAGCAGUGUAAGUGCAGAAUGGACAAUCAUAGAUGGCGUAGCUGAUUAUUUUGAAGUAAAUUGUUCAGAUGGAAGGCCAGCACAUCAACGAAUGUUGUUUAGUGAUGCCUUCACUGCUACUUGCUCAGGUAUUGAGUCUGGACGAACAGUAAACACAUGUGUGACUGCAAUGAGUGGAAAGAAAAGAGGAGAAACAAUGACACUC